AUGACCACACUCACCUUUUACCUUUCAGAUGAAGGAGUGCAACCUAAUUUGGCCUCAUCAUCAACCAACGCGACAAACCUGCAAGUUCGCAAUGCCCCGAUUAUUGCCUCGGUGGUUUUGAGUGCCCUCCUACUGUCUUCUUUGAUAGUGCUUAUAAUUCUUCUCGCCUCGUUGGUUCGCCAGAGGCAAAGUCAUUACAUUCCAGUUGACUCUCCACAUUCGACGGACCAUCACUUGGCCGCAAUGGACACGUGGGAGAGGGCCAACUAUAUCCUUCCUAUCCGACGGUACCGCACUUCCGUAUCCGAGGAGAACGCACGACUUCUUUCUCCUACCAAGUGA